AUGGGCCUCAUCGGUCUGUCCCUCAUCGUCGCCUCUGUCGUCUACGUCAUCAUCCGUCCACCGUCAUGGCUGCCGCCCGCGCUCCUCUCGUGGCUGCCGCGCAGCUCGACCGUUGCCGCCGCCAUCACCGACACGCGCCACCGCGACGAAAAGGGUCCUUCUACGCGGCCGACACCGCCGCCGCCGCCGCCGCCGCCAGCUCCGACGACAGUAGAGCCUCGUGAUGCGGGCCGUGCUGCCAUGCCGCCGCCGCCGCCGCCGCCGCCGCCGCCGCCAAAAGCAGCGGUGGUGCAACCGCCUUCCAUCGCCGUUGAAUCAGACAAACAGCCCGAAUCUCCCACGACGCCAAAAGCAGCGGCCGUACAGCUGCCGCCACCCCCAACCUUUUCCCUCUCAACCGAUUCCAUGCCGCCGCCGCCGCCACUACGACCGACUCCCUCCACAUCCUCCUCUGCCUCGUCCAUGAUGCCUCCUCCUCCUCCGCCACGCCUCUCUGCGGCCCCUCGCCCUCCAACACUCGGCCAAUUCCCCGCCGCCAACUCUGCGCAGCGCGCCCGCGCACCCAUCCCCAACCGCGGCCCUCGCUCCUCCUCCUCCUCUGGCCUCGCGCCGCCACCCACGCACACAUCCGUCCCAACCACCAAGCCCAGCCGACAGGUGACGCUCGAGCCGGGCCACUCGCCGCUCGACUGGGCGCGUCUCUCGGGCGGUCCUGGCGCGGACCUGCGCGGCGUGCCCGCAGCGACGCCGUACUUGCGCGUCACGCCGUCCAUGCUCCGCCGGCAGACGGGCCGCCGCGGCACCGACGCCUGGAUGGCCCUCGGCGGCAAGGUCUACAACGUCACGCCCUAUGCAAAGUUUCACCCUGGCGGUGUGCCCGAGCUCAUGCGCGGCGCCGCCCGCGACGGCACGCGCCUCUUUGGCGAGGUCCAUCCCUGGGUCAAUUAUGAGAAUAUGCUGACGGCGUGCCUGGUGGGCAUCUUGGUCGAAGAGCCUGGGCCUGCUGGCGACGGCGGCAGCGGCGGAGGCGGCGGUCAGACGCAGAGCGACAUGGAGGCAAUGGAUUGA